AUGGGAAUGAAAAAAGAGGUCGCUAAGCUCAACUCAGAUAAAAUGGAUAGGCUGCACAAACCGCACUAUGUCAGGGAACGGGCCGAGUUAGGGUCAGGUCUUGGACCGAAGCUCGAGCUGAAAUGGGUUGAGCAAGCACCUAAGUACGGGUCGAAGACAGAGAUGGGGAGCGAGCCAAGUUUGCAAGGAAAGUGGGCCAAGCUAAGACCUUAA